CAUUUCCUCUGGUGAGAGGAAGGCGUGUUCUCAGUUCGGGAGUGGCCACCGCCGGCGUGCGGGAAAGUAAGUCUCGCUGCUACACCAUGACGUCCGUGGGGACCCUUGCCUUCGACGAAUAUGGGCGCCCUUUCCUCAUUAUCAAGGAUCAGGAACGCAAGACUCGUCUUAUGGGACUUGAGGCCCUCAAGUCUCAUAUAAUGGCGGCAAAGGCUGUGGCAAAUACAAUGAGAACAUCGCUUGGACCAAAUGGGCUGGACAAGAUGAUGGUGGAUAAGGACGGCGAUGUGACCGUGACGAACGACGGGGCCACCAUUUUAAGCAUGAUGGAUGUUGACCACCAGAUUGCCAAGUUGAUGGUGGAGCUGUCCAAGUCCCAGGAUGAUGAGAUUGGAGAUGGAACCACAGGCGUGGUUGUGCUGGCCGGCGCCCUGCUGGAGGAGGCCGAGCAGCUGCUGGACCGCGGCAUCCACCCCAUCAGGAUCGCUGACGGCUACGAGCAGGCCGCACGCAUCGCCAUUGAGCACCUGGACAAAGUCAGCGACAGUGUCUUUGUGGACACGAAGGACACCGAACCCCUCGUUCAGACAGCGAAGACCACGCUGGGCUCCAAAGUCGUCAACAGCUGUCACCGACAGAUGGCAGAGAUUGCCGUGAACGCCGUGCUCACCGUGGCUGACAUGGAGCGCAGGGACGUGGACUUCGAGCUCAUCAAGGUGGAGGGCAAGGUGGGCGGGAGGCUGGAGGACACCAAGCUCAUCAAGGGCGUGGUCGUGGACAAGGACUUCAGCCACCCGCAGAUGCCCAAGCGAGUGGAAAACGCCAGGAUCGCCAUCCUCACGUGCCCCUUUGAGCCACCCAAGCCGAAGACAAAGCACAAGCUGGACGUGAGCUCCGUGGAGGGCUACAGAGCCCUUCAGAAGUACGAGAAGGACAAGUUUGAGGAGAUGAUUCGGCAGAUUAAAGAAACCGGUGCCAACCUCGCCAUUUGCCAGUGGGGCUUUGACGAUGAAGCGAAUCACCUGCUCCUUCAGAACAGCCUGCCUGCCGUCCGCUGGGUGGGAGGCCCCGAGAUCGAGCUGAUUGCCAUCGCGACCGGAGGCCGGAUUGUCCCUCGGUUCUCGGAGCUCACCACGGAGAAGCUGGGCUUCGCCGGGCUGGUGCAGGAGAUCUCGUUUGGCACCACAAAGGACAAGAUGCUGGUCAUCGAGCAGUGCAAGAAUUCCCGGGCUGUCACCAUCUUCAUCAGGGGUGGGAAUAAGAUGAUCAUCGAGGAGGCCAAGCGAUCCCUUCACGACGCCCUGUGUGUCAUCCGGAACCUCAUCCGCGACAACCGCGUGGUGUACGGUGGGGGCGCGGCCGAGAUUUCCUGCGCGCUGGCCGUGAGCCAGGAGGCGGACAAGUGCCCGACCCUGGAGCAGUACGCCAUGCGCGCCUUCGCAGACGCGCUGGAGGUCAUCCCCAUGGCCCUGGCGGAGAACAGCGGCAUGAACCCCAUCCAGACCAUGACCGAGGUGCGUGCCCGGCAGGUGAAGGAGGCCAACCCCGCCCUGGGCAUCGACUGCCUGCACCGGGGCACCAAUGAUAUGAAGCAACAGCAUGUCAUAGAAACCUUGAUUGGCAAAAAGCAGCAGAUCUCUCUGGCAACACAAAUGGUCAGGAUGAUUUUGAAGAUAGACGACAUCCGGAAGCCGGGAGAGUCUGAGGAGUGAGGAGAGAGAGAAUCGGACGCAGUGGCGGAGGUCAUGUGUCCCCGCGCCCUUUCCAGGCGCUGUCCUCGCUGUUUGGUAGCUGUGGUUUCACUCGCUAGUGUGAUUGCAGGGUGCGUGCCACAGGCUUGUGUGUUCACUAAAGCGGUCUCUUUAAACCUCUUAUCUUCUCCAAGAUUGAGAAGCGUCCUUGUAAUAGUCAUUAAAUUCUGCCUUCAUUGGA